AUGAACGCCGCCGACCAAGCCCACUUGGCUGCCAUGGGACUAGCCACCCCUCUCCCUACCCCUACCCCUGUCUCUCGUCGACAGGAGAUCCGCGACAGAGCUGCGGCUCUCAGGCCGCAUAUCAUGGGGCGUUCCAACGAAGAGGCACUGAGAUACCGGCAAAGGGUCUCGGCAUUGGCCAAUGGCCACAACCCUGUUUGGGCCUUUAGGCUUCAUCUACAGUGGUUGCCCGGCUUCCUGGCAAGUGGGAAUAUCCCACUGCAGGAGCGCAAGAUAGUGGCUGACAUUGCCGAAGAGACGGCCCAUUUCGCUAUCGAGCAAGCAGAGAAGCAUAAUCGCCUUCUCCGGAAAUGGGUAUGGGGUUACAAUACCCUUGCUGACCGACGAAGGCAUGAGCGCUUCGCUCAUUCGGCACACCGUGCCGCUAUCAAAUGGGUGGAGAUAGCUGACAAGUGGUCCCCUUCUCUCUAG